AUGUCAUCGUUCAGAUCUUCUUCAUGGGUUCUCUUCUUCUGUCUGCUGUCACUCACUCUCUUCGUCCCGGUGGGAUCAUUGACAACGACCAUCAAUAGCCCUGACGGGGAUGUCAUAGACUGCACAGAUAUAUUAGCUCAGCCGGGGUUCAGUCAUCCUCUUCUAAAGGAUCAUCACAAGCUACAGGAAAUACCAAAAAAUCUGCCUAACACAGCCAAAAAUGAAGAUGGAGUUAGCGGGUGGCAAGUUUGGAACCGCAACGGGUCCAAAUGUCUCGAGGGGACCAUUCCGAUACGGAGAACGGUCUCUCAGGAGAACGGGACUACUAGUUCUGGGGCUGGAGCUGAAGUCACCGAGGGAUAUGAGUAUGCUAUCGCACAUUUGAACAGAACAAGGGAGGUUUAUGGAACGAAAGUCACAAUGAGUGUGGGGCAUCCGAAAGUUGAUCGAGUCGGCGAGUUCAGCCUAGGCCAGAUUUGGCUCGUAUCCGGUUCUUAUGAAAAAGGUGAUUUGAACUCCAUCGAGGCUGGGUGGCAGGUUUUUCCCGGGCUAUAUUCGGACUAUCAGCCAAGGCUCUUCAUCUUCUGGACGAGAGAUGCAUACACUCUUGAGAGAUGCUACAACCUUCGGUGUCCUGGUUUUAUACAAACCAGUGGCAAUGUCCUCAUCGAAGGCGCCAUCUCUCCCCAAACCGAAGUCAUCACAAUCCAGAUUUGGAAGGAUCCAAGCCUUGGACAUUGGUGGUUAUCUGUCGGCCCGAGCAGCGACACUGUACUUCUGCCAGUUGGUUAUUGGCCAACAGAAAUCUUCACUUGUCUCACUGACCAUGCAGAUAAAGUGGAGUGGGGCGGUGAGAUAGUAAACAGAAACGUUUCCGGCCGCCACACGACUACCCAGAUGGGAUCUGGGUAUCGUCCGAGUAGCACCAGAGCUGCAUAUAUGCGUGAUCUGGAAAUUGUGAUUAACAACCGCGAUUUCCAGCCGACCGUUGAUCUCGUAGUAGGAGCGACGGACCCCACCUACUACACCAUCCAGAAGACUAGCAACACGAGCUUUUCUUACGGAGGACCUGAGCAUGCAGGAGCGAUUCACCUUAGACUUGAUUUAGUUUUCCUUUGUUUUUGUUUCAGCUUUUUCUUACUCUUGUAG